AUGAGUCUGGAAGAAGAAGUAGGCAAACAGAGACUACAGAUGUUAGGAGCUUGCAGAAAAGGCACAUUGGCAGAUGUUGUUUUUUUAGUGGAUACUUCAACAAGUAUUGGCCAGGAAAACUUUCAGAAGGUGAAGAACUUCCUCUCCACCUUGGUUUUGAGUCUUGAUGUUGGCCUUGAUGUGAUCCGAGUUGGGCUGGCACAAUACAGUAAUGAGACUUACCAAGAAUUCUUGCUGAACCAGUAUUUGAAAAGUGAUGUUCUGGAGCAAAUUGGGAAUUUGCCAUAUAGAAGUGGAGAACCUUACACAGGGAGAGCUCUGGAUUUUGUCAAUGAAGUGUACUUCACUGAACCUGCUGGUAGCAGAGCUAAGGGUUAUGUCCCACAGGUAGCCAUUCUGAUCACUGGUGGAGAAUCCAGCGAUGAAGUUGAAUUGCCUGCUAGAAAACUGAGAAACAGAGGCAUCUCCCUCUAUGUGGUGGGAAUUGGUGUCCAGAAUACAACUGAGCUUCAGCAAAUAGCCAGCAAACCAUUUGGGAAAUAUCUGUAUAGUGCUGGUAGUUUUGAUGACCUUCAAGAUCUCUCCAGAAGACUUUUGCGAAACUUCUGCCUUGCAGUUGAAAAUGAGAUAGAAGGUUGCGACAUAGGUCUUUCUAUAGCUAUUGAUAUUUCAAGACGUGUGCAGCCAGCAUCCACAGUGCUUCUGAAGCAGAAAUUGCAAGGAUUCCUUCCCAGGCUUUUACUCCAGAUGAAGUCGCUGCCAAAUAUCACCUGUAAUUCUGGCUCUCCAGUCAACAUUAGAUUCAAGUUCCAAGUACUGGCACAGACCAAACUAUUAAUCUUUGACUCUGAUUUUGAAGUCUAUAAUGAAGACAUCAUCCAGAAGUUCUUAGAUGCACAGACCACUGUGGACACCUACCUGAAUGCAGACUUCUUACAGGCACUUGAGGAUAAGUUCUUCAGUGUGACCUCUGCUAAAGUGAAGGUUCUGUUAGUAUUUUCAGAUGGCCUGGAUGAUUCACUGGAAGAUCUCAGAAGAGCAGUUGACUCCCUUCGCUUUAAAGGUCUUGAUGCACUUCUAUUAAUUGGCCUGGACAAUGCACAAAACUUGACUGAACUUCGGGAAAUAGAGUUUGGCAGAGGAUUUGGCUAUAAUGAACCUCUGAGUGUUGGCUUUGCAGAUAUUGCUGGUGUCUUGCAGAGAAACCUUGAUACUGUUGCAGAAAGGAAAUGCUGCAACGUUUUUUGUAAAUGCCUUGGAGAAAAUGGUGAUCGUGGUGGCCAAGGAAGUCCUGGGACAAAAGGAAGUACAGGUUACAGAGGAUCUCCUGGCCAUCCUGGUGAGGAAGGUUGGAUUGGGGAGAGAGGCCCAGCUGGUUUCAAUGGGAGUCAAGGAGACAGGGGAUGUCCAGGGGUCAGAGGCAAAAAGGGGGGCAGAGGCUAUAGAGGAAGUCAGCCAUUGAAAACAACUAUUCUUAUUCAGCUUUCCAAAAACAGGGUGAACACUUCUUCUCUUGCUCAAAGAGGCAAGUGGGCUGAUGCUAAUAGGGUUUUUAUGUGCUUAUUGCUGCAGGGUGAACAUGGUGACAGUGGAUUUGAUGGCACUAAUGGAGAGCAGGGCAGAAAAGGCCCCAGAGGAGAACCAGGGGAACGAGGAGAAUCUGGUCUAAGAGGAGAUCAUGGAGAUCCUGGGACUAGCAGUAAUGUUCCUGGUCCUAAGGGUGAAAAGGGAAACCUGUCACAGCAGGGAGACCCAGGACCACAAGGACUCCAAGGGGAGCAGGGUGAUGCUGGUCCUGAUGUAAGAACAGUAGUUGAUGCAGGUGCAGCAGGUCGAAGAGGCCCUCCAGGUGUAAAGGGUGAGCAAGGAGAUCUGGGGGAAGCAGGCUUUCCAGGAGACUCUGGUCUUCCAGGCCCACAGGGCUCAAGAGGAGUACAAGGGAUCCGAGGACCUCCAGGACCACAAGGCAUGCCGGGCCCAGUGGCAGGUAUGGGGCCCCCUGGUCCACCUGGUUCUGUUGGGAAGAUAGGUGCAAGAGGAGCAAAGACCGGUUUUGUGCUGUUUAAUUUUGAGGUUCUUGUUAGAAGAAAGUUCAUUAAGAAAGUUCAAACGAAAAAAGGAGCUAAAGAAAAUAAAACAUGCAAGAGACCUAAGAGCACAAUGCAGACAAACUGCCUGAGAAAUAUUGUCUGCUAUCAACAGACACUUCAGGCUGGUAGAAUUCCAGUUUACAUCCUGCGACCAUUAAUAGAAAUGUUUCCAGAAAACUGGUAA